UUUUUUUAAUUUUGUUUUACUACUUUCUUGUCAGCUUCUCGCUCUUUUUUACUUAAUGCUUUUUAAUCUGUCAUUGCAAAAACCUCGCAAUACUUGCACUAUAAACCUCAAAUUUCCCCAUUUUAUUUCCUCUGUAUUUUUUUUCUUUUUUUAAUGUAAAUAUCUUCCAGGUGCUCAUCCAAUUUACCACGAAACAUUAAGCUUCAAUGGAGGCUGUUCUUUCAGCUGCCAGAUUCUAUCUUCCGAGUUCCUGAUUCUUGCUGUAAUUUUUGGGGACUAUUUUGUGGCAGAGAUUGGUGUCUGUUUGAUAUUUUUUUUCUUUCUGAAUCUUCUGCUUGAAAGAGUAGCUCGGGUUUUCUCAAUUCGUCGAAAUAAAGUGCGUUAAUUUCCAUUGUUUUGGAGAUUUAGAAACUGGGUUUGAGGUAAAGUACCGCCUCAACUUGAGCAUCAUAUGCGUAAAAACGUGGACUCUGGCACUCAUAGCUUUGGCUGGAGGGAAAAUUAAGCUGUAUAGAGAGAUGUGGUCAGCCUGCAUUCAGUUGAAAUGAAGACGGCCAAACAAGAAAUACAAUCGGCAACCCAAGUUUCACAUGAUUCCCAAACUGAUCAACCUAAAAACCACACAACAGAGGCUCCUGUAACAGAUUCUGCUUCAAUAUCCACCUCAAGCAACGAUGGUAAAAAGGUUUCACGCGAAGAUAUUGAACUUGUUCAGAAUUUAAUUGAACGGUGUUUACAGUUGUACAUGAACAGAGAUGAGGUAGUUAAAACCCUCUUGACUCGUGCAAGGAUUGAUCCUGGAUUUACAACCCUGGUAUGGCAGAAGUUGGAAGAAGAAAAUGCUGAUUUUUUCAGGGCAUAUUAUAUAAGGCUAAAAUUGAAAAGACAAAUCCUCCUGUUCAAUCAUUUGCUUGAGCACCAGUAUCAUCUCAUGAAAUAUCCCAUGCCACCAAAGGUUCCUUUAGCCCCUAUACAGAACGGAAUUCAUCCCAUGCCUGUUAACAACUUGCCUAUGGGAUACCCUGUCCUACAGCAACCAGCAAUGGCUACAGCUGGUCAACCUCAACUUGACUCCAUGGGCUGCGGAAUUUCAAAUUGUCAUGUGGUUAAUGGAGUCCCUGCGCCAAGCAAUUUCCAUCCUAUACGUAUGAAUUCUGGCAAUGAUAUGGUGAUGGACAGCAGUGGUGCGGAUGUGGCUCCUGUGAUUCCACCAAAUAGUGCCAUGUCAUCCAUGUCUGAGAUGCCUGUGAGUCCUACGUCAGUGGCAUCCAGUGGUCAUUUCCCUUUCGCUGCAUCAGACAUAUCAGGAAUGGGAGUGGAUGCAUCAGCUUUAGAUACAGCUUUUACAUCUGAUGUUGCAAGUUCAGUUGGCUUGCAACUUGCACCUGAUGGUGGGGCUGGAAACUCUCGAGAUUCUCUCAGAUCUUUGGAUCAGAUUCCAUGGAAUUUCAGCUUGUCAGAUCUUACAGCAGAUUUGUCAAACUUAGGAGAUUUAGGAGCCUUGGGAAACUAUCCUGGUUCGCCCUUUCUGCCAUCUGAUUCUGAAAUCUUGCUAGAUUCUCCAGAGCAAGAGGAUAUAGAGGAAUUCUUUGUUGAUUCUGUCCCUGGACCGCCAUGCUCUCAAUCAGAUGAAGAGAAAUCCUAGACGAACGGCGAGGCAAUGCUCCUUCCUCACUGUAACUGUUAGAGUAGGACAAAAAAAUUUAGAACAAUGAAUAAGAAAUUUGUCGUUAGUUUGAUAGGCAAAUUGGGUUUUUCAUUAUUAACGAAUUUGAACAAUUGUAGUUUUUAGCUAGUUUGUUCUGUACGCAAAAGAAAGUAGUGACCUCAGUAGUUGAAAUUUCUUGCAACUUUAUUUUUGUUUGCUAGAGAAACUUAAUAUGUCUGGAAAAUAUGAGUAUUUAGUUCAGUUUCUAGUCCUCGGAUA